AACAUGAGUAAGCAUAUGUAUACAACGGCAAACUUGUCGGAUGUUGAGCUGAAGGAUCAAGGAAACAGGCUUUUCUCUGCACGCAAAUACGACGAUGCCGUCAAUCUCUAUACGAAAGCGAUUAUCAAAAACUCUACAAAUGCAACCUAUUUCACCAAUCGCGCCCUGUGCCAUAUCAAGAUGAAGCGCUGGGAGACGGCAUGCAGCGAUUGCAGGCGUGCGCUCGACAUGGACCCGAAUUUGGUGAAGGGACAUUUCUUCCUAGGGCUCAGCCUGAUGGAACUGGACUCGUUCGAUGAAGCGAUCAAACACCUGCAGAGGGCACAUGAUCUGGCCAAGGAACAGAAACUCAACUUCGGUGAUGACAUUGCUUCACAGCUGCGCCUGGCGCGGAAGAAACGCUGGAACAUACAGGAGGAGAAACGCAUCUGCCAGGAGAUCAAACUGCAAUCCUAUCUCAACAGACUUAUCAACGAGGAUAUGGAAAACCGUUUGGCCAAGCUAAAAGUGGACGAUACGAUCAACGAGGAAACCCUCAAGGAGAAAUCCAAUGAGAUCGAACUAGAAAGCGAAAAUCACUUGACUGAACUAAACAAUAUGUUCGCAAAGGUGGACGACCGGCGACGGAAACGAGAAGUACCUGAUUAUCUGUGUGGCAAGAUUAGUUUCGAGCUGCUGGUCGAUCCUGUAAUCACACCCUCUGGCAUGACGUAUGAGCGAAAGGACAUCGAGGAGCAUCUGCAACGGGUGGGCCAUUUCGAUCCGGUGACACGAGUCAAACUCACACAAGACCAGCUGAUAUCGAAUUACUCGAUGAAGGAAGUCGUCGAUGCGUUCCUGCAGGAAAACGAAUGGGCACUGGAUUACUAAGCGUGCGGAGUGGUGUACUAGUUCUACUAGGCAGCUGUGUUUAACAGAUUUUAGC